AUGGGCCCCCGCGGAGCGCGGCGCGCCGCCGGCUGCCUGCUGCUCUGCUGGGCUCUGGCCGCCGCCCGCGCCGCCCCGCGCAGGACACCCUCGUUCGACGGGCACGUCGCGGAGAACCGGCCCGCGGGCACGCGGGUGCGCGGGCUCAGCAUCCCCCUGACGCGGCUGGGGCCCGAGCCCUGGUGCGCCAAGGUGCAGGGGCGCCGCUGGCACCUGCAGCUGCUGGGCGAGGGACACUCGCACUUCCAGGUGUCGCUGGACGCGCGCACGGCCCGCGUGUGGCUGCGCACCCGCCGCCCGCUGGACCGCGAGGCGCGGGCGCUCUACUCGCUCCGCCUGGGGCUGUGCUGCAAGCGCUGCGCGCCCCAGGGCGCCGCGCCCGCCGAGCUGGCCGCGCUCACCGUGCGCGUCCUGGACGACAACGACAACGCGCCGCGCUUCGUGGGGCCCGGCUCCGCGCAGCUCCGCGUGGAGGAGACGCUGGCGCUUAAGUCCCAGGUGUGGCAGGCGCGGGCCGAGGACGCGGACGCGGGCGUCAACGCGGAGCUGCGCUACUUCGCCCUCCCGCGCAGCGCGCACUUCUUCGUGGUGCCGCGCAGCGGCCGCGUGGUGCUGGUGAGCUCCCUGCUCCACCUGCGCGCUCCCAUCCCGCUGCGCGUCUACGCGCGGGACCGCGGCCGGCCCGCGCUGCUCAGCGAGCCCCUGGAGCUGGAGGUGCUGCCGCAGCCCAAGCGCCUCCCGCCGCCGCCGCCCCGCCGCCGCCGGGCCGCGCUGCCGCCCGCCGCGCCCCUGGCGCUCGCCCUGCCCGAGGACGCCCGGCCGGGCACCCGCCUGGCCACCCUGGCCCCGGCGCGCUUCGCCUCCGCCUGGUUCGAGCUGCUGUCGCCGCCCGUCGAGGAGUCGCCGGUGAGCGUGGAGCGAGAGAGCGGCGAGGUGACGCUGCGCGCCGCCCUGGACAGGGAGGCCGUGGCCGCCUGGGAACUCGUCGUCCGCGUCCAGGAGCGCCGAGGGAAGGACUGGUACCUGGUGCACGUGUCACUUACUGUGACAGACGUGAAUGACAACGUCCCUGAGUGGGCCAUGGAGCCUUUCCCCUUCCUGGCUGUGGUUUCCCCCGAGGCUGCAGCAGGCACUGAGGUGUACAAGCUGCUUGCUGUGGAUGCAGAUGAAGGGAUCCAUGGAACUGUGGAAUAUUUUCUCUUGGAAGGUGGUGAAGACAGAUUUGAAGUUGAGAAGGACACUGGCUGGAUUAAAAGCACAGGUUUGCCACUGGUGAGGGACAAGGAGUAUUUGCUGACUGUACUAGCAGCAGACAAGCUUGGCAGCAGAGGGUCCCCAGCCUCUGUGUCUGUGAUUGCCGGGUUCCGGCCGCCGCAGUUCACCAACAUCUCGUACUGCGUGGACGUUCCUGAGAGCACCCUGCCAGGAGAAGUCUUUCUUACAGUCACUGCUGUGUCCUAUCAAAAGAAAUCCCUGAGCUACAGUUUGCUCACUAAUCCUGGGGGUCUGUUCAGCAUUGAUGGGGCCACAGGAGAGCUCAGUCUAACUCGGAGUGUGGAUUAUGAAGGAGACCCCCACCAGUUCCUCCUUUUGGUCAGGGCAGAGGAGAGUGAGGAGCAGUUCAGCACUGCUGCUGAGGUUUUGGUUGUAAUCACAGAUGUGAAUGACUGUGCCCCCGAAUUUCAUCAGUCGAUUUACAGCAAAGUUGGUGUUCCUGAAACAGUUCCUAUGACAACUGCCCUUCUCCAAGUGACAGCCACUGACUGUGACUCCAAGGAGAAUGCCCAGCUGCUGUAUUACACUCUGAGCCAAGAUUUCAGCAUUACCUCUCAUGGCACUGUUUUCCCAGCCACAAGGUUGGACUAUGAGCGCCCCAACCACCUCUAUGAGUUCAUCAUUAUGGCUGUGGAUCAGGGGGAAGAGCCCAGGACUGGCACAGCAACUGUUAGGAUCCAUGUCUCCAAUGUGAAUGAUGAAGCACCUGAGUUUUCUCAGACUAUCUACAGGAGCUUUGUUUCUGAAGAUGCAGGCCCAAACACACUGAUUGCCACAGUUAAUGCUGUUGAUCCUGAUGGAGAUGGUGUGACAUAUGAUAUUCUGUCUGGGAAUGAGAGAGGGAACUUUGUUAUUGACCCUAAGAAAGGGCUGGUUAGACUUCGUGCAAGCCCAUUUCCUGAGCUGCAGGGGACAGAAUAUGUGCUGAAUGUCACAGCUACUGAUGAUAAUGCCUCUGGAGGGCCCCAUCCUCUCACAAGUACUGCCCAGGUUGUUGUGAAAAUUGAUGAUGUCAACAACAACAAACCUGUCUUUCAGAAGUGCCAGUAUUAUCGGGAACAUGCUUCUGUCCUGGAAAAUCAGCCUGCAGGGACUGUUGUUCUGCAGGUUGAAGCCACUGAUGCUGAUGAAGGGGUCAAUGGAAUAGUGAAAUAUGGCUUGAUGCACAGAGAUGGUGUCCUACCAGCAUUUAGCAUCCACCCUGACACAGGAGUUCUGACAACUGUUCAGGUAUUUGAUCGAGAAAAGCAGAGGGAAUAUCCCAUCACUGUGACAGCAACAGAUCAGGCAGCGGAGCCACUCAUUGGGAUAUGUCAGAUCAAUAUUGUCAUCCUGGACCAAAAUGACAAUGACCCCAGAUUUGAAAACACCCACUAUGAAUAUUUCCUUAGAGAGGACACAAGAGUUGGGACCAGCUUCCUGCGUGUUGCAGCCCGUGAUGAUGACUACAGCUCAAAUGCUGCCAUCACAUAUUCCAUAGCAAGUGAUGAACCAAAUUAUUUACAGAUUAACCCUACCACAGGCUGGGUGUUUGUGAACCAACCCAUAUCUCAGAAGUCAUCUAUAAUUCGAGAGAUUACUGCUACAGAUGGAGGCAACAGGAGCAGUAAAGUUGAACUUGCUGUAACUGUAACCAGUGCAAAAAACCAACCUCCACAGUGGGAAAGAGACAGCUAUGAAGUUAUUAUUCCAGAGAACACGACACGGGAUGCCUCAAUUUUGACAAUCAAAGCAACUUCUCCCCUUGGAGAUCCCCGUGUCACUUACAACCUGGAAGAGGGGCUUGUCCCAGAGACCAACAUGCCAGUGCGUUUCUACCUGACUCCAAACAGACACGAUGGCUCUGCUUCCAUCCUGGUAGCUGAGCCCCUGGAUUAUGAAACAACAAAGAGCUUCCAGCUGCGGGUGCGAGCUCAGAACGUGGCUGCAGUUCCUCUGGCAGCAUUCACCACGGUCCAUGUCAAUGUCACAGAUGUCAAUGACAAUGUCCCAUUCUUCACUUCAUCCAUUUAUGAAGCCUCAGUAACAGAGGGAGCUGAGGUGGGGACGUUUGUCACUCAGGUGUCUGCCACCGACCUUGACCUUGGUCAGCAUGGGGAGAUAACUUACUCCCUGUUACAUGACAGUGGCAGAGACUACACCUGUUUUCGCUUGGACCCCCAGACAGGCUCCAUUUACACCACCUCAGUGUUUGACAGAGAGGAGAAGGGCUCCUACCUCCUGGAAGUCAAGUCAGUGGAUGGCUCUGAGUCAGCUCGACCUGGAAAGCAUGGGAAGCCAAACUCUGACACGGCGUACGUGCGCGUGUCCGUCAGCGACGUCAACGACAACCAGCCCGUGUUCGCGCAGAGCGUCUACGAGCUGAGCGUGGACGAGGACCAGGACGUGGGCUCCACCAUCCUCACGGUCACUGCCAAUGAUGAGGAUGAAGGAACAAAUGCUAAACUGCGGUAUCAGAUCACAGCUGGAAACACAGGAGGGGUGCUGGAUGUAGAUCCAGAAACAGGAGCCAUUGUCAUUGCCCAGCCACUGGACUAUGAAGAAACAAAAAUGUAUGAGAUCCACUUGUUGGCCUCUGAUGGGAAAUGGGAGGAUUAUGCAGUUAUCAUCAUCAACAUCAUGAAUAAGAAUGAUGAGGCUCCAGUUUUUUCUAUCAAUGAAUACUAUGGAAGUAUAAUUGAGGAACUGGAUUCGCUGCCUGUCUUCGUUCUUCAGGUUAUGGCCAGUGAUCCUGAUAGUGGUGUUGAUGGAGGAGAUUUGAGAUAUUCCUUGCAUGGGUAUGGUGCAGGUGACAUUUUCACAAUAGAUGAGAAAACAGGCAGCAUUUACUCCCACAAGAGGCUGGACCGGGAAGAGAGAGCCCUGUGGAGGUUCAUUGUGCUGGCCACUGAUGAAGGUGGAGGAGGACUCACAGGCUUUGCUGAUGUGAUCAUCAACGUGUGGGAUAUAAAUGACAAUGCACCCACGUUCUCGUGCAUGCCUGAUGACUGCAAUGGGAAUGUCUUUGAAAACUCUCCUGCAGACACCUUGGUCAUGGAGAUGGCUGCAGUGGAUCGUGAUGACCCAAACGUUGGUGUGAACGCUGUCCUGACCUACAGGAUAACAGAGAAUGUGAAGAACGAGUUUGGUACUGACAUGUUUAACAUCAAUCCCAGUACUGGGACCAUCCACGUGGCAGGGGGGCUGCUAGACAGGGAGAGGACUGAAAGUUACUUCCUUACUGUUGAAGCAAGAGAUGGGGGAGGGCUAACAGGAACUGGCACUGCCACUGUCUGGGUUGCAGAUGUCAAUGAUAAUGUCCCCAAAUUCACAAAGAAACUGUGGCAGGCAGCAAUUCCUGAGAACAGUGCCAUUGACUCAGAAGUCCUGCAGGUGUGUGCUACAGAUGCAGACAUUGGGGAAAAUGCAGAUUUAAUGUUCAGUAUCAUUGGGGGAGACCCAGAUGAGAAGUUCUACAUUGAGAAUGACAAAGAAUGGCAAUGUGGCACUGUUCGACUGAAAAAAAAGUUGGAUUUUGAGAAUGCCCGUGAAAGACAGUUUAAUCUUACUGUUACUGUGGAAGAUCUGGAUUUUUCCAGUGUUGCAGUGUGCCUGAUUGAAGUUGAAGACUCAAAUGACCACAGCCCAGCUUUCCCUUCUCAGUUUAUUCAGACAAACCCUGUGUUUGAAGAUGUGCCUGUAGGUACUACAGUAACCACAGUGAGGGCUACAGACAAGGACUCUGAUUUGAAUGGGAAGAUUAUCUAUUCUAUAAAGUCAGACUCAGACCCCUUGAGACAGUUUGUGGUUGACCAGUUUGGUCACGUGGUUGUGGCAAGUGCACUUGAUCGUGAGGCCAUUCAGAAAUAUGCUUUGAUUGUCCAAGCUGCAGAUCAGGGGACGCCUGCCCGCACUGGAAGUGUCACAGUUUUAAUUAACUUGCUUGACAUUAAUGACAAUGGACCAAGGUUUGAAGCACCAUACAUGCCUGUAGUUUGGGAAAAUACACUGAAGCCUGAGGCAGUGCAUAUGAACCACACCUCAAAGCUGCUUCAUGCGUUUGAUCCGGAUGCUGAGGAAAAUGGGCCACCAUUUACCUUUUCAUUGCCACCAGAAUAUCAGAAUUCAUUGGACUUUUCUCUUACUGACAACAGAAAUAACACAGCAACUAUAACAGCUUUGAGGUCCUUUGACAGAGAAAAGCAGAAGGUGUUUCACCUGCCAAUAAUUAUAACAGAUAGUGGGAUUCCAGCCAUGAGCUCCACAACCACCCUGACUAUAACAAUUGGUGAUGAGAAUGACAACUGCCAUGAGUCUGGCCACAAGGAGGUCUAUGUGUACAGCUACAAAGGAAAAUGGUCAACAACAGUGCUUGGGGAAGUGUUUGCACCAGAUCAGGAUGACUGGGACAAUAAAACAUUUCUCUCUGAAGGAAAACUGCUCAAAUCUUUCAGAUUAAAUCAGAGGACUGGGUCUUUGCUGAUGGUGGAUAACACUCCUCAGGGAAUAUACAACUUAAAAGUUAGAGUUUCUGAUGGAAUUUGCCCUGAUGUUAUAUCUACAGUACAAAUCCAUGUCAGAGACCUGGAAAAUGAAGCCAUACAAAACUCAGCCACUGUGCGUUUCUCAGGUGUCACAGCAGAGGAGUUCAUCAGGAGAGAUGAACAUGGCAAAACGAGACAUGGAGAGUUCAAGGAGUUCCUUGCAAAGCUGUUGCCUGCCAAGCUGAGUGAUGUGAUUGUGUUCAGUGUGAUGGGCAGGGAUGGACAACAGACAGAUGUGAGGUUUGCAGUCCGUGCUGGCUCAGCCUAUUACACACCUGAGAAGCUGCAUGCGGAGAUGGCAGCGUUCAGAACUGAGAUGCAGUCAGCUCUGCAACUGAACAUUUCCCAGAUCGACAUUGACGAGUGCAGGAGUGCCAACUGCAGUGAGGGCUGUACAAACCACCUGAGUGUGAGUGACAUUCCCACAGUGCUGGACACAGGGAGUGUGUCCUUUGUGUCCCUGAGCACCUCCAGCCACGGGCUGUGCUCCUGCUCCGCCCGCGAGCGCCUGCACCAGCCCUGCUCCUCGUACCCCCGCAGCCCCUGCCUCAACGGGGGCCUUUGUGUCGACACUCUGAACGGCUACAGAUGUCUUUGUCCUGCUUCCUUUCAUGGACCAGACUGCCAGCAGACGAAGCACAGUUUCCAUGGAAAUGGUUAUGCAUGGUUUCGUCCCAUCAGACCUUGUUUUGAAAGCUCACUCUCUCUAGAGUUUAUUACUGUGGUUCCAGAUGGACUUUUACUAUAUAGUGGCCCUUUAUCAAAUCCAGAACCUGGGAGCACAGAAAACUUCAUUGCAAUAGAACUCUCUAGUGGUGUUCCUGUGCUGAAGAUGAGCCAUGGCUCAGGUUCUGUGGUGCUGCAGUUUCCAAGUCAUCUGAAUGUAGCAGACAAGAAGUGGCAUCGACUGGAAGUCAGAACUAAUGGUCAGGCUGUCAGGUUCACUCUGGAUCGCUGCAGCGCCGCCGUGCUCUCUGAGAUCGAAGGCGUUGGCCGCUGGCUCUCCACCGAGGAUCGCACGGACUGUGAAGUCCUGGGCUCUGUUCCACGGACAGCAAGGUAUUUGAAUGUGAACCAUGUUCUCCAGCUGGGUGGUGUGAAGGAGUCCAUCCCAUACUCCUACCCACAACUGCUACACAAACAUUUUUCUGGUUGCUUGCGCAAUUUCAUCUUGGAUACUCAGGUAUAUGACCUUCAGUCUCCUGCAGAGUCCCUGAACAGCUUCCCUGGCUGCUCCCUGACGGAUGGGAGCUGUGAGACCAUGGGAUCUUCCUCCUGUGGUGCCCAUGGGAGGUGCCUUGGGGACUGGGGCUCCUUUGCGUGUCACUGUUUGCCAGGCUACCACGGCUAUCGCUGUGAUAAAGUGGCCCAGGAGUACAGGUUUGAGGCGGGCAGCCACAUCCGCUACCAGCUGCCUGUCAGCGUGUCUGCGCGCAGGACGCUGCUGCAGGCCCUGGUGCGCACGCGGCAGCGCGACGGCGUCAUCGCCUCCGUGCUGUCCCGCGCCAGGGACGAGCACAUCACCCUGCAGGUUGUUCAGGGACUCUUAGUGGUCUCAUACAAUCUGGGUGAUGGAAACUAUUCUGUAAGCCUUCCCUCCUACCACAUUGAUAAUGGUGAAUGGCAUCACAUCACACUGGAGAGAAAUGAAAAUGAAUUUACUCUUCGCCUUUAUGAAGGAGGUGGCAAGAGAGAGAUUACUAAAGCAGCAGGAAUAUACAAAGAGAUUGUCAUUGACCCCAGCAGCUUGGUCCUUGGAAACACCUACCCAUUCAGUCAAAACAGGAGUUUUCAAGGAUGUAUGAAGGAUGUCAGAUUUAACAACUACAGAAUCCCUCUGGACACUCAUGGGAAGGAGCUGGUGUCAGUACUGAGUGCCCAAGGCAUCAAAGAAGGCUGUUCUUCAGAGGCCUGUAGGAAUAACCCUUGCAACCAAGAAUUUAUUUGUAUUGAUUUGUGGAUGAUGCAUGAAUGCAGCUGCCCUGCAGGACACAUGAUCCUGGAGAACGCCUCGGGCCGGCAGUGCGUGUACACGGCGUGCGCCGAGCGGCCCUGCAACGACGGCACCUGCGUGUCCCUGUCCCCCAGCACCUUCCAGUGCCACUGCCCCGACGGCUACGGCGGGCGCCACUGCGAGGUCACGCUGGCCAUCUUCCACAAGGACACCGGCCUCAGCUUCACCUCCCUCUUCGCCAUCUGCGUCUGCUUCCUGGCACUCCUAGCUCUGCUCAGUGCUGCCUUCCUCUGGGCUCACUGGAGGACGCGCAAGGCUCUGCACGGAGGCGUUUACCACGGAUCUGCUCAUCCCGAGGAUCUGGAGGACAUCAGGGAAAACAUCCUCAACUACAACGAAGAAGGGGGUGGGGAGCAAGAUGAAGACGCCUACAACAUGGCAGAGCUGCAGGUGUCCAUGCAAGGCAGCCCGGCGUACUCCGCGCACAGGAGGAAGGAGCCGCCGGCCGCCGUGAGGGCGCGGCGCGGGCCCGCGGGGGGCGCGGCGCUGGGCCGGGCGCUGCCCGCGCUGCUGAGGGAGGCCGAGAGCCGCGCCCCGGGCCCGCCGCAGGAUUCCCUGCGCGUCUUCUGCACCGAGGGCGCCGGCUCCAGCGCCGGCAGCCUCAGCUCCCUCAGCUCCCUCAGCUCCGCGGGGCUGGGCGGCGGCGCCGGAGAGGACAUCCACGAGUGGGGACCCAAGUUCGAGAAACUGAGGGAGCUGUACUCGCACAGAGAGGCGGGAGACCUGUAG